AACAAAGCGUAACCAUGCCGAAGAAGAAGACGGGUCAGCGGAAAAAAGCUGAAAAGCAAAAAUUGCGACAAAAAGAAAUAAGAAGUCGCGCUGUUCCAUUGGCUGAUUUACCAUGCAAUGCAUCGAUGGAGUGUGAUAAAUGUCAGCGAAAGCAAAAAUCGCGUGCAUUUUGUUACUUUUGUCAAUCGGUGCAGCGUCUGCCGCAGUGUGCUCAGUGCGGAAAGAUGAAAUGUAUGCUGAAAACAGGCGAUUGCGUCGUUAAACAUGCUGGCGUUUUCACAACGGGAUUGGCCAUGGUUGGUGCAAUUUGUGAUUUUUGCGAAGCAUUCGUGUGUCACGGUCGAAAAUGCUUGACAUCUCACGCUUGUACCUGUCCACUGAUUGAUGCCGUGUGUAUAGAAUGCGAGCGAAGUGUCUACGAGCACGGUGGACGUAUUUUCAAUUGUUCAUUUUGUCAAACGUUCCUUUGCGAAGAUGACCAAUUUGAACAUCAAGCCAAGUGCCAAGUAUUGGAACAAGAAACAACAAAAUGCCAAUCGUGCAAUAAAUUGGGUCAAUAUUCGUGUUUGCGUUGCAAGGUGUGUUACUGCGAUGAUCAUGUAAGGCGAAAGGGUUUCAAGUACGAAAAGAAUGGACCAAUUCCAUGUCCCAAGUGCAAUUACGAAACAUCCAUAACUAAGGAGUUGAGUAUGUCGACAAGAUCGCACAAGUUUGGCCGUCAAGCUGGCGCCGAUGAUUACUACGACGAUUACGAUGAUGAUUAUUAACUGAACGUCACCAAUUUAUCGCAGCUUGAAAACAUUUCCGUUGUUGAUCUGAGGAAUCGAAAAACAUAUACAUAAAAGUUGAAUAAAACCAAUGUUCCAUUCACUCAAUAA